CAGCUCUUGUAGGUCGAAGACACAUCCGGUAUGCAUUGCUAUUUUUUUAGGCGAAGCCAUCCCGAGAGCCGAGGCGACUGUGAAAUGACAAUCUUGGAGGAAGACGAAUUAGUCUAUUCAAGUAGGUGCUGCACUCGGCCUUGACUACCUAAGUAGUCUUUACCGCGACGAUUGACCAGGAAUUGGAGACUGACGGCAGCAAACCAUACUUUUGAUGAGGCCUACCCAUGGCUCGACAGUCCGCUGGUCUGAUCUCGAAAUUAUGUAAUGGUUCUUGCGACUUUCUGAAGACAACAUGUCUAUCACCACCUUUCCUACCAGAUCGCACCGAAGGAUGCCGUUGCGUUGCUGUUCAAUGGCUUAAAACACACGCCACAAAGCCCGCUGCUGGGCUGCUCCUCUCUUUCCCUUGACGCUACAUGCACAUCCUUUCCUUCUCGCCGAUGCAGGCCUAGUGGUGAGUAGGCGACAUAGCAGUGGAAUUAUGUCUCAGCGUUCGCCUUAUGUUCCCUACAAUGGGGGAUCUCUGCUGGGCGUAGCCAUUGCUAUGGCAAUCCUGCAGAUUGUUGUGGUGAUUGCUCGCUUCUAUACCCGACACAAUCAGAGAAUCGCAUACGCGCUUGAUGAUUUUCUGAUUGUCAUCGCCUUGAUUGCUAGCCUGGGACAGUCGGCUCUGUACGUGGUUUUGGUCGAAGUCGCAGGUGUCGGAUACCCCAUUCGUUAUGUCGAACAGACUCCAGAGAAGUUGGUUGCUCUAGAGAAGGGUCUAUACGCCAAUGAGAUCAUAGAUUUCCCUUUCGUCAUAACGCCAGUCAAGAUUUCCAUUCUGGUAUUUUAUGUUCGCAUCUUUAGCACGCGAAACUUCAAAGUCGCCGCCUAUAUCGUUGGUGCAAUCGUACUCGGACACGGCAUUGGGGUUUUGCUCGCAGCUAUAUUUCAAUGUUGGCCAAUCGAUUACACCUGGAACAAGACUGCAGGUAUCGAAGGCGGCUCAUGUUUCAACCAACAAGCCUUCUACCGAUACGUCUCGCCACCGAACAUCUUGACGGAUGUCCUCUUGUUGAUUUUACCACUGCCCUAUGUUUGGAAACUCCAUACCUCUUGUGGUCACAAGCUGGCAUUGACGGGAGUCUUCCUUCUGGGAGGAUUGGGAACGGUAGCCAGUAUUUUGCGCAUGACAAACUUCUUCGAAGAAAGAGCGACAGUUGAUCCUACAUGGACAUCGACCGAUCUUGGGAUCUGGACUAUUCUCGAAGGAGCCCUUAUCAUCAUAGCCGCCUGCCUGCCCCCAACUUGGCCUUUAAUAGUCCGGUUCCUACCCCGGAAACUUUUUAGCAAAAAGUCAGUCGGAACUCGUGCUUCUGAGAAGGUCACGAGCAGACGUGCCAUGGUUGAAAGCGAGGACGGAUCUUCCCGUAAAGGGGGCAGCGCUCGCGACCACGGCCAGAGCCUGUCCACCCUGGAAAGUCAAACCAGGCUAUCUCCUGGGGAUUCAAGUCGGCCUUCGGAUAGAUUUGCAUUGGGGUCCAUUCCGAGUGAGGUUUGAUAUACACUCUCUUGGACCAGCUCGAUAUGAAACCUAUGCUCUAUUUCGAUUGAUCCAAAAUCUAUAUGCUAAUAUGUAUAUUGGAAUCCAGCCUGAUAUCGAUUGAGUUAGUGAAAUUUCGCGUCAAUCGCACC